UAACCAGUUAUCUGACAGUUUCUGUUUCGUUUUUGACAUUCUUCUUUAUUUUGACAUUUAACCGGACUUAUUUACAAAUUAAAGAAAAAACAACUGAACAAUUCUGUUAAAAAAAGAAAAUAAAUACAAAAUUAUUUUUAAUCUCUUUUUCAAAACCUCACUUCUGAACAUCCGUAUCCGUAUUCGUGUGUAAAAGAACAAAAACGCGGUGAUAUCUCUCAAAAAAAUAGAGUGAGAGCGAAAUAGUGUUUCUCUUCUUUUAUUUAUUUUGUUGUUGUUGCAUCGUAUGAAUCGUGUUAAGUUGAUGAGUGUGAAAGAGAACAAAACCCUCCCCUUCACUUCUCAUUUAAACGAAGUAUAUAAAAGAUCAAUGAACGAUUAUGAAUGGAAACGGUAGAGUGAGAGGGAAAAACGCAACAUAAAACCGACAGCUGGUAAAUAAGUUGUUCUGUGCUGCCGCACCGUGUCGCUCUUAUAUACUCUUUGUUAUAUACUUUUCAAGUGAAGUUUUUUGUUUUUGAUUGAUUUGAAGCUAAACCAAACGACCUUUACCGCCGGGCCAGACAUUAUUCGACCAACAGUCGUGCUGUAAGGUAGUUUUACGGUAUUUUUACUACUGCUGUCUUGUCGAUAAGGCCCGUUACAACGUCGGAUUUUUAAAUAUACACAAUAAAGAGAGUGAGAGAGAGAUAUAUAAAACAAAAGAGAACCAUAGAAGAAGCCAUCUAAUCUAAAGCACCGGUUUUUUCUUCUAUUGUGAAUUCGAAGAGAAUAAUUAAUUUUUGUUUUAUACAUUUUACCUUCGCGUUGUUAUUCGCUGGAUAAAUUACCGUCGCGUCGCGUCGUCUUUUAAGGCCAACGCGCAGUUAAAAAGAUAAAAGAAUAAGAAAAAUAAUUUAAGUAAAUUUUGAAAAAAAAUAAUUCAAAUUUAUUUUGUGAUUAGAAAGAGAAUUUAAAUUUUACACCACCACCACAGUGAAAGUGAAAUUUUUAAGUGAAAUAAAAUUGUUUUUAAGGAAACUUAAAUGGAUUAUGGAGUUUUCUUUAAAUUUAAAUAAAAUUCAAAUUCCAAAAAUCGCUUUAGCAUAAGCGUCGUCGUCUGCCCCCUUCUGACAAAUGUGGAUUAUUAGGUACCCCCCAUCGAGAAUUCAACUCCGAAUGGACCAAAUGCUUCGAUAAAUUCAGAGUGGAUUAAAUGAUUUAUCAAGCAGACCAAAGGUUGCAUGAAGCGAAGAUGUCGCCAAUGCCACUGCCAGGAGCUACAAACAUAAUGGCGCCAACUGAAACUCCAUCACAUUCCAUGCCAACAACAACAGUUGCGGCAUCUGUCACAUAUAAUAAACAAAUAAAUACAAAUAAAAUGACAGAUAACAAGACACAAGAAAAAGACAAAAAACAAAAACAACAACAAAAUCCAAAACAACCGGUUGACAUCAGUAAUGACAUCACCAAAAGUAAUAAAAUAAAACAAGAUGACUUUCCAGCAAUCAAAGACAAUAAAGAACCAUCUUCUACUGAUUGGCCUCCACAAUUAUGUUCAUCCUCAUCAUCAUCAUCUUCCUCGUCAUCAUCAUCUUCAUCGUCCUCAUCAUCAUCAUCAUCAUCGUCUUCCUCGUCAUCAUCCUCCUCCUCGUCAUCUUCAUCGUCGUCGUCGUCAUCUUCUGCAUCGUCAGUAUCUUCAUCGGCAACAACAGCUAAAUGUGAUAGUAGCAAUUUACAAAUCAAAACCGAGUGUAGUGAAGAAGAAGCUGUUCAAGUUGGCAGUUCAAGUUCUUCUUCAGAAAAAAACCCACAAACGACGUCAACGACAUCUACUACAUCACCAACGACGAUAACGGUGACGGUUGACAGCAGCACUAAUGGAAUCUCUUCUUCUACUUCAUCUUGUGGACCUGAUGUCCCUUCUGAUUCUGCUGCUUCUGAUGACGUCGCUGCCGAAUCGAACAACCAAGACGAUGAGACUGAAAAGGAUGAUGACGAAGAAUUCUCAGAGAAUUUUGGCAAACCCCGACGGCUAUUACUAACAGAUCUCAAUUCACAUAUCGUAUGCAAUUUAUGUCAUGGAUAUCUGAUAGAUGCCACAACUAUUGUCGAAUGUUUACACUCAUUCUGUCAUAGUUGCAUUAUAGAGCAUCUACGAACGGAACACUAUUGCCCUCAGUGUGAAAUGAUGAUUAACACUGCCAAACCAAAUAUAAAACCUGAUACGACGUUACAAGCGAUUGUCUACAAAUUGGUACCGGAAUUAUAUGAAAAGGAACUCAAACGAAAACGUGCCUUCUAUAAGAAUCGGCCUGAUGAAGCUGCAUUAGCAACCCCCGAACAGAGAGGUGAAGAUACAGAACAUUUGAUAUUUAGUCCGAAGGAGUAUAUGUCGCUGUCAUUGGAAUAUGCUGACAUAGAUGAACACGUCAACAUCAACGACGAAAUGAUGGCACAGCUUUUAAAGCCCAAAUAUUUGCAGUGUCCGGCAAUAUUUACCGUUAGCCAUUUAAAGAAAUUCGUCUAUGGUAAAUUUGACAUUGAUUCGAGUAGUUUUAGCGUCGAUAUUAUGUACAAAGUUAAGACAAUAGUCCUCUUGGAUCAUUAUACUCUAAUGGAUGUAGCGUAUAUUUAUACCUGGAAGCGUGAUGCUCCGAUGCGGUUCUACUUUCGAGUGAAACAAAGGCUAAGAAAGAUCAAACCGAAAGUGAAAACUAACUCCAAUAUCAAAGCAGUUCCCAAUUCAGCAGCAGCAAUAGUACCAAAAGAAGAAAUGCCAGUAGUUGAAAAAUUGGAUCUUAAUUUGCCAGCUGUGGGUAUGACAGUUAUUCACAAUAACCCAGAUCCGUCACCAAACUCGGAUCUUUUGAAAAUUGCUACCGAAAUCAAGGAAGAAAUCAAUAAAAGUCCAAUCAAGGAAUCGAUAGUAUAUUUGAAAAAAGAAAAUUUUUCUCAGGCUCCCUUAAAAGAAAUUCAGAUUCCAGUCAAAGACACAGGAACGAUGACCGAGAAUGAAUCGCUGAAGACCAAUAAGCUGAGAAUAACUCUGGUGGGUAAGCAGACAAAACAAUUAAAGGCAAUACUAUUGUCUCCAAGCGGUGAGAGUCCGGCAAAGAAUUUAAAUAAGUCCCACCACAAACAGAAGGAUAACUCUCCACCGGAGAAAGACGAACGAAAAGUCGAGAAUAUCAAGCUUAAAAUAGACCUGUCCAAGCAGAAUAGUGUAACCAUCAUUAAUAUGUCCGAUCCGGAUCGAAAGGAAAUUGUCAAACCGGUCAAACCGGAAAAAGAAUGGAAGGUCAAAAAUAAGAAAGACAAGAAAGAUAGUCAAAGCAAUGCUGCUAAAAUAUUGAGGGAUUUCCGUAAGGGUCGUUCUUCUUCUCCCUUGACAGUUCCCCCAUUGACAAUCAAAGCGGGAAGAAUUAGUCCUGCCAGUUCGAAAGUACCAAAAUCUCCCAAAUCUCCAAAGUCUCCUAAAUCUCCUAAGUCUCCCAAAUCUCCUAAAUCUCCACCUACACCCGAUCCAAUUGAGGACCCACAAUCACAAUUUCUGAAAUCGUUUGCUCUCACCCCUAAGAAAGAUCUCCCACCAUCGCCACCUAAGAAGGAGGUUAAGAAACUUGAACCUUUGACUUUGACAUUUUCACCUGUUUCAAAGCCUACUGUGCCUUUUCCAUCACCAGUUACUUCCCUGAUGGGACCACCUUUGAAUCUUCCUUCGAAACGCAAGAACAAGGAUGUGAUCAAGAGUAAUCCAAAGAAGCCCAAGUGCGUCUUCGAGCCAACUAUCACUCCGGAUAAUUAUAAAAUCAAGCUGCCUUUGUUGCCGGCCGAAGUGAAGAAGGAAGAGAAACUCGCCAAAUUGAAGGAGAAAGAAAGCCGGAAGAAGGAGAGCGAAAAAGCCGACGAGAAGCUAAUGCCCCCACCUGUGACAGUUGGACCAAUGUCCAUAACCCUUUCACCUCCAAAGUUAAUUCCCAAUCUGCCUCUGCCGUCACCUCCGACAAGUAUCAUGAAACCACCAAGCGAACCAGUCAAAAAACCAAACAAGCUCCCUGUCAAAUUUGCUCCGCCUGGAUCACUUACGCCUCAUCCAAUGAAUGCCCCACACAAGGCUUCUCCGGGAAGUCGGACACCAGUGGCGAAGCGAUUCCAGCCGAUUUUACCCAAAGGAGGCAGACCCAAUCCAUUUGCGAACAUUCCCAACGACAUGAACAAGAUUUUGAAAGACGCAGGCACUGAAAUCAAGUCUAUUCCAUCCAAUGACAAUACGAAGAAAAAGAUUUAUGGCCCGAAAACUCCCACAAGUAGCUCAGCUUCUCCACCGCAGCCGGCCCACAAGACACCAACACAAGUGCCAGCUAACCAGACUCCAAGUGGUAAGAAUGGAAACAUCUCUAACUACCUUAACUUUGCUCUCUUCAAUGCGAGUAAAUCGAGGGGCAAUGAGGUUCCUCCAGGCUGCCGCACUCCGAUGUACACCCCCAAUUCACCUAUCUACUCACCCAAUUCACCACAAUAUGUGCCCAACUACAACAUUCCUACCCAACCCACCUACAAAUACACCCCCAAACCGAACACGAACUCGAGCUACUUGCAGAAUGUCUUAGGCGGUAACACCAACCAGAUGUCUAGUUUGUUCCCAGCCCCACCUACAAAGAAGCCUGAAGUAGCCGCCGCCGGCAACAACAACCGAUCUUCCCCACCAGCCCAGAACACAUCUCCACAAAAAGUGGAUGAUAGUAUAUUGGAGAAGCACCUCAAACGAAGCUUUCCAUUUUCAAAAAGUCCAAGUCCCAUCGAGGAUCCCCCAGAGAAGCAGCUGAAAGUCAAGUCUCUGCUAAACUCCUGCAACAUCAGUAUUCCAUCUUCGCUGUCGAUUACAAUAACCCGUGAUGACGGUGAACUGCCCGCCAACAGUUCAUUCAAUCCAAAGCAUAAAAGUCCAGUGAAUAAUUACAUCGAAAUACUGAAACUUCCCGAAACUCCAGCGGCAUCAGACAAUGAUAAACAGCGACAGCUUCAGGGCCUAAAACCUCCUCAGCAGCAAAAUAACAUUAACCAAUCGGUUACCAUCCAUAGUAUUUCCACUCCCAAGUCGCCACAGGCACAAUCACAGGCUGUACGAAGUAGUAUGUCCUCAAUGACAAACACCACUCCAAGUAUGACCAUGACAAUAACACCUUCUGCCAAGCAAGUUCCAUCUUUGAAUCCAAUCGAAAAGAAAAAUAACAAUCACAACAACAAAACAGUUUCGAGUACGACGAUGUCGCCUAGUGACGGCAAAAAGACUCCAAGCCCUGACAAACGCUCCAACGGAUCAGCUCCCAACUCGGCGGAAAAGAGAUCCGGCUCGGAAUCGGGCUCGCCAAAAAGUUCUUCGUCGGAUGUUCCAUCUUCAAAGAAAUUCCGUCAUAUCUUGCCACGAACGACAACGCCAGAUCAGAAAGCCACCGAGAUGCUUAGUUCAUUUCUUCAAAGUAACCUCUCCCCAUCGACUAAUCAAAAAUCUGUCCAGAAAAAGACUUCCACCUUCAAGAAGUCUCCCACACCGCCUAACUUUAAUAAUAUGUCCCCUAUGAACGGCAACGUGUCAAAAAAAUCUCCUCCAUUGAAUCUUGCUGCCAAGCUUUCAACACCCCACACCUCCCCAGUUAACGUGUUGAACAACAACAGCACAAACAACAACAACAAUAUUCACAAGAACAAGAGCUCUCCAAAAGUGCAGCAACAACAACAAACACAAGCGCCCGAUUUUCCUCUUUUGUCUGUUAAAAAGCUACCACAACAAAUGCCAAAUGUUGUUAUGUCGCCUUUAGGAGCAACACAGCCCUCGCUAGCUGAUCUAAAUAAGAUUAUCAAAGAAGCCAUGAUCCGAGCGAAAGCCCAAACAGCAGCAGCAGCCCAACAGAAUAGCUCUAACAUCGCCCACAGUGUCAAUGCUCCGAACAUAUUCUUCCCCUAUCCACAAUCCCAAUGCGCUUCAAUCUACAGCUACCCCCAAGCGUACAUCAUGGAACACUUUUCCCGAAUGCGUCGCGCUGGAAACGAAGCCCUCGAACAGUACAUGCUCAAGUUAAAGAAUUUGGAUUCCAAGAACUCAGAACAAUCCCUUCCGAUUGACGGCCAGAGAAGUCCGACAUCCACAAAGUCAACAUCUGUUGUCUCAAGUCCCACCAACGAAGCCAGAGCCUCAUCCAAAUAAGAAGUAUACCAAUGGAAUAUAAUUCCAUUGAACCUACAGCCCCCCGCCCCACAUACGAUUCCAAACCAAAACGUUCCUUUAAUCCUAAUCUUUUGUUGUUUUUGUAAAGUAAGUUAUAAGAUUCCAGGGCCGGCCUGGGUCCGCCUUUGUAAAUAAAACUAAAAAAGAAUGAUAAUUUUUUAAAUUAAAAAACGAAACAUAAAAAACAAUGAACCAUUAAAAUGCCAUUUUAAAUAAUUAGUUAAUUUUUAAUUUUAAUUGUUAAAUUAGUUUUUAAACAAAUUUAAUUUUUUUACAACAAUUAUUGUUUUGCUAUAAAAUGAUAAAUAAAGAAAUAGAAAGCAGAAAUAAAAUAAAUUAUGUUAAACAAUUAAUUAAUUAAGUUACAGCUCUUUAAAAGAAUAAUCUAGAAUUAGUGUAGGUGGUAUUCAUUAAAAAACAUUAAAGCAUGCUCAGUAGUUAUUGUGUUCAAACACGGUUUUUCUUAUGCUAUAAAUAUUUCAAUGUCACAAUAUUAUUGUUUUUUUAUUGUUUUGUUAUAAAUAUAAUUAUUUGCUAAGGAAAUAUAUAAAAAUAAUAUAUAUUUAAUUGAAAUGUAAAUAAAUUAUUAUUAAAUAUUGUAGUAGCACUUUUUUCUAAAUUAUAUUAUUUAUAUUAUUAAAUAAACAAUAAACAAAAAUACAAACAAAAUAAAUUAAAAGAAAUGUAAAAAUUAAUUUAACAUAAGAUGUGUAUGCGCUAAGUAUUUCUA